GGGAAAGAAAAAGAAAGAGAAACAUCGAUUUGUUGUUCCACUUAUUUAUGCAUCAUUGGUUGAUUCGUAUAUGUUUGUUCCCUGGCUAGCUAUCAAACCGUAGCCUUGGUGUAUUUGGGAGGACAGAAGCUCUAACCAAGUGAGCUGCCUGGCCAGGGCUGGUUGCUUUCUUUUCUUAAUGAACGGAGCUGCAUAAUUUGGGGGAAAACAGGAUGCCACAGUGGGUAGACUAAAGAACCUCUAGACAAUCUCAAAUGUUGGAGAAUCUAAUCAGCAUGGUUUAAAGAAUGUUCUCUUUUAGGUGUUCCUCACUGCUAGCCGCUGCUGGUUCGGUUGUCUUCUUUUAAGAAAAGUGAAUUUCCAUUUUCAUUUAAAGAAGUACUUUAAUCCACUUGGUUGUAUGUAAAAAGUGUGUGUGUGUGUGUAUGUGUGUGUGUGUGUGUAUUUAGAACCUUUUCUCCCACAUUUGGCUUUCAUCUGGUUGAAACUAUUUUGCUACUUCCCUGGUUUACGGCAUAACCAUUAGGGGAUUUCUCAAACUGCAUUUUUCUCCUUGUGACGUUGAGUUAUUAACUCCUGUCAUUCCAGAGAAAUGUUGUGUUAGAUUCUGGCAAGAUGUUCCUCAACUUAAAUGUAAAACUAACUAGUCAUUUAAUUUGCCCCAUCAUUAAAUUGUUUCUUUCCUAUAUUUAUGAUAUAUACAUAUAUUCAAAUUAUGCAUUGUUUCUUGUCCCAUCUUCUUACUUUUUUCCACUGUCAAUGGGGUGGCUGGAUUAUUCAUUUCCUGACAUUUUGCAUGUUUACUUUGUGUUCAACUCAUCCCAAGAGGUUAUGACAUAGCAGUGGUCAGAAGUGGAAUGCUGUACUCGCAGACUACAUUUUAAAGUGUGUUUUAAAGUUUAAAUAUGAAAUGAGAUUACAGAUUUCCUUUUUACUUAGAAGGCCUCUGUGAGCAGUUUCAAAAAGUCAGUGAGGGGAAAUCCUGCAUGCCUGUGUGGAAAUGUGUUUAAUCUGAGUGAAUUCAAGCAGAUUUCUUGGCGUAGUUGACUGAACUGAGCGAAAUAAUAAGAAACACAUCUAAGACAUUGUUCAUUGUUAGGCUUUGGUACAUUGAGAUCUUUGGAGGAAGUUUGUUUUGUGCUUUCUUAGGUUAGGGGAUUAAUAGACUUACAUUUUUAUGUGGGCACCAAGCCUUUGGUUUGAAAAGCUAAAAAUUCAUCAUUUAUCCUUUGAUCCCCCAAGGUUUUUCAAAAGUGAAGAAUAGUGAUAGACCUAUGAGAGUUAGCGUGGCAAAUCUGUGAUACUGUCUCAUGGGUUGAAAGGGGCGAGAGACCUAGAGGUUUAAUUUGGGUUGUCUGUUGGCUCUGAAGAUCCCUGAAACCACAGUUGUAUGAGAUUUAACUCUUUAGGGAGCCUGAUCGGGGCAAAGCAUUCAGGCAGCUUCAAACCUUAAGUAGGACAGGGGAGUGACAUGUAGGCCAUUGACCAGAGCAAGUUGGCAAGGCUUUGCAUUCUGGUGAUUGGGGACUCUAUACGUUAGACAGCUAUGCUUUUGAGGUUACUAAGAUUUGUGUCUGUGCAGAGACUUAAUUGGGAUAUGUUUUUUUUCCUUUUGAACAGCUGAGCCCCAUAUGGGGGUUGGAAGGCAGCAGAGAGGACCCUUUCAAGGUGUUCGUGUGAAGAACUCGGUGAAGGAGCUCUUGCUGCACAUCCGAAGUCAUAAACAGAAGGCUUCUGGCCAAGCCACAGAUGAUUUUAAGACACAAGGUGUGAACAGAGAGCAAUUUACAGAGUUGACAAACACUGUGUCAUAUAGUGGGAAAAGGAAAGGACCCGAUUCGUUGUCUGAUGGACCAGCUGGUAAAAGGCCAGCUUUGCUGCAUACCCAGUUUUUGACACCACCUCAAACACCAACACCCGCAGAGAGCAUGGAAGAUGCUCACCACAAUGAAUCCAAACAGGACAGCAGUGCUGAUCUGCUUCAGAACAUUAUCAACAUCAAGAAUGAAUACAGCCCGGUUUCCCUGAAUACUGUCCAAGUUAGCUGGGUGAGCCCUGCGGUGGUCCCUCAGGGCUCUCACCGAGAGCAGUGCCAGGACUUCCAUGGAGGGCAGAUCUUCAGUCCACCUCAGAAGUACCAGCCUUUGCAAGUCAGCAGCUCCCCACACUUGAUGGAUCAGGCUUCCAUGUACCAGUAUUCUCCUCAGAACCAGAACAUGCAGCCACAGCCGCAGCAGCAGCCACAGCACUGUACCCAGAACCCAACUCUGGAAUACAGUCCUUAUUCCAGAACUUCCCAGUCUCCCAACUAUGAGCCAAACUUCUUUAGUAACCAAGAACUACAGUUCUGCCCAAACCAAAGUUUUGCAUCCCUUUUAACUAGUCAUGGGGAGUGUGAGAAUGUUGCUGUUCCCAUUCAGACUUCCCCCAGUGUUCAGCAACAAAAUGACGCCCACCUGCAAAACUUCAGCAUGGUGCCACACAAUGCCUGUGAGGCCAUGGCGGGGCACGAUGCAGGCUCUGUGCCUUUAAGCACCUCACUGCCAUUCCAGAACAUCAUUGGAAAUUCAAUGAACACCACGCAGUUAGGGAAGUCAUUUUUUCAGUGGCAAGUAGAGCAGGAAGAAAGCAAACUGGCAAAUAUCUCCCAAGAUCAGUUUCUUUCAAAGGAUGCAGAUGGUGACACGUUCCUCCAUAUUGCUGUUGCCCAAGGGCGAAGGGCACUUUCCUAUGUCCUUGCAAGAAAGAUGAAUGCACUUCACAUGCUGGAUAUUAAAGAGCACAAUGGACAGAGUGCCUUUCAGGUGGCAGUGGCUGCCAAUCAGCAUCUUAUUGUGCAGGAUCUGGUGAACCUUGGAGCUCAGGUGAACACCACCGACUGCUGGGGGAGAACCCCUCUGCACGUCUGUGCUGAGAAGGGCCACUCCCAGGUGCUUCAGGCAAUUCAGAAGGGUGCGGUGAUGAGCAAUCAGUUUGUGGAUCUUGAGGCAACUAACUAUGAUGGCCUGACUCCUCUGCACUGUGCGGUCGUGGCCCAUAAUGCUGUGGUGCAUGAACUCCAGAGAAAUGAACAGCCACAUUCACCUGAAGUUCAGGAGCUUUUACUGAAGAAUAAGAGUCUGGUUGACACCAUUAAGGGUCUGAUUCAAAUGGGGGCAGCAGUGGAGGCCAAGGAUCGUAAAAGUGGCCGCACAGCCCUGCAUUUGGCAGCUGAGGAAGCAAAUCUGGAACUCAUUCGCCUCUUUUUGGAACUGCCCAGUUGCCUGUCUUUCGUGAAUGCAAAGGCUUACAAUGGAAACACUGCCCUCCACGUUGUUGCCAGCCUGCAGUAUCGGGUGACGCAGUUGGACGCAGUCCGCCUGUUGAUGAGGAAGGGAGCAGACCCAAGUACUCGGAACUUGGAGAACGAGCAGCCAGUGCAUUUGGUUCCUGAUGGCCCUGUGGGAGAACAGAUCCGACGUAUCCUGAAGGGAAAGUCCAUUCAGCAGAGAGCUCCACCGUAUUAGCUCUAUUGACUUGGAGCCUGGUCGGCAACACUCACUGUCAGUUAGGCAGUCCUAAUGUAUCUGUAUAUAGACCAUUUGCCCUGUAUUGGCAAAUGUAAGUUGUUUCUAUGAAACAAAUAUAUUUAGUUCACUAUUAUAUAGUGGAUUAUAUUAAAAGAAAAGAAGAAAAAUAUUUAAUUCCUUUUGGCAGAUUUAAAUAUUUCAUACCCAGGUAUCUGGGAUUUAGACAUCUGAAUUUAAUAUGAAUGGUAAAAUUGAUUUCAAUUAAUAGUAGCUUUUGGUUAGGAAAUGACUUUGAUUUGUUGCAUAUGGCAUUGCUCAUGUAGCUAUUGCCAGUUUAAAAGCAGGUAAAUUGUAAACUUUCAUUUGGCCUGAUGCAAUAUCUGAUAGUUAUUGGUGUUGGAAAGUCUCUAGUCAUUGGACUAGAUGAAAGGUAUCAUAGUUACAAUUUGAUUUUUCAAACUGUAUAUAAUUGUUAUUUUCAUUUUUUUAAAUGUUUGUACAUAUUUGGUCGUGAACGUGGCCAUAUUUGAAAUGUGUAAUUCAAUAAAGUAGAAAAGAAUAAGUGAGUUGUCAAUAUUUUUAAAAAUUAUACACAUUCAAAGGAGUUGUGUGAUCACCCAACCACUGUCUCUAUUGAUGAAGCAGAUGGAGAGUUGUUCCCCUAGCGGCUGGCAGAGCUCUGUUUGAAUUUUAAAUACGCUUUUCCUCAUGCAUUGAGAUGAGACAUUAUUUGUAGGGAAUUGCAUGUUCUUAAAGAGAACACUGCCUUAUGUCUCACUUUCUAGAGUUUAUCAUUUUCUUGCUCUGUUGGGAAUUUUGUUUUAGCUUUAUAGGAUCAACAAAAAGUCAAUAUUGAAACAUGUCUUAUUGGGUUUCCAUGUCCAAUAAUGAUAAUGUGCCAUGAUGUUUUAUAUUACCAUUUAUUAAAAAAUCCUUUACUUUUUAGUGAUCUUGGUUCUAUUAAUAUUGUUUUACUUACCUCUGGCAUACUCUGAGGAAUGUAUUUGGAUUUGAUUGCUCACUAAUUCAUUGUAUACAUUUGAUUUAGUAAAAUACUUUUUUUAAAAAAUGAGAAGUUUCACAAGCAACUGACUAAUCAUCUUUGUGGCUUAAAUUCUUUAAAAAAAGAUAACCUUGAAUUAAUCACAUUGUUUGAUUUAGUAUGUCUUGUGGACAAAAGUUACAGUUAUUGGUAUCUAUAAAUAUGGCUCUGAUAUGAACCAGUCUACUUACACUCAUGGAGAACCUCUUGCAUGGUUUUAAAUAAACUUUAAUUCAAUAAUA